AGGAAAUGGUUUUAGUGACCAAAGUCAGUGAGCUCAGAAUAUCUGAUAAUAUACACACAGAUAAAUGUGAACUUCUUAUUGAAGAAGAGAUGAAGAUGCUGUACAUGGCUCUGAUCCUGCUCACGCUGUCUGGUGUUCUCACUCAGGACAGAUGGAGUGUGAAAUAUCCUGAUAAACCGAUCUGUGCUGUGAGAGGAUUCAGUGUCUCCAUUCCCUGUAGUUAUUCUUAUCCACAAAAUCAUCAGGUGGAACAAAAGCUUUGGUGCUCGAUGAACUCAAACACAGAUGUGUGUCUAAACCCACCGUAUGUUUAUAACAGCUUAUCAAACACCAAGUCAGACUUUGAGUUCACUGGAGACGACAAAUCAGACUGCACUUUGUUAAUCCACAAUGUACAGUUCAGUUAUUCUGGAGAGUACAGAUUCAGAUUUAUAACUAAUGUGACCAAUGGCAGAUUCACAGGUAAACCUGGAGUGACUCUACAAGGUACAGAUUUAAAGGUGUCACUAAUCAGGCUCAGUGGAAACGGAACCCUUAAACAAGGAGACUCGUUAAAUCUGAGGUGUGAUGUGAACUGUACACACACUUCCUCACAGUUUGUGUGGUCUAAGAACAACCAGCCCUUAAAUACAUCAGGACCUGUUCUUCACUUUCCUGCUGUAACCGUGAGGGAUUCUGGGAAAUACACCUGCACUUGGAAAACCGGCGAGACGUCAGGAUCUGAAACCAUCAGCCUUCAUGUCAAGGAUUUAACUGAUGACGAUCCUGAAAUCCCUGAAAACACUGAAAAUCCUGAACUUUGGUCAAUCUGGGUCAUUGUUUGUGUGACCGCAGGAGCGAUUGUCGUCGUCUCAGUCAUCAUAGGAGCUGUGAUUCACAACAGGAGGAGUGUCCACACCGAGCAGCAGAAGAAGGAUGAUUCUGCCACUGAAUCUAAUGUCCAGAAGAAUGAGGACGAUUCUGCAAUCUACUCUAACGUCCAGCAGCAGGAGGAAGAUUCUGCAAUCUAUGCUAAUGUGUAA